CUUUGCUGCCCUUCUGUGAGGGGGUGACAGACAAGGAUGGAUGCUGGAGUGGCUGGGAUCCUGAGUCUCUUUUUAAUCCUCUCCAUCAUAUGCUUCAUGCUUUGGAAAAACAACCAGAAACGAGGCCAGCUCCCUCCAGGACCAGCCCCAUGGUUCCUUCUGGGCAACCUGUGGCAGAAAGAUGUUCUGCCCCUGCACAGAUCCUACCAGAUGCUCCGCAAGAAGUAUGGCCCUGUGUUCACUGUCUGGCUUGGACCAAAACCGGCUGUGGUGCUCUGUGGGUACGAGGCGGUGAGAGAUGCUUUGGUGGGUCACGCCGAGGAAUUUGGUGGACGUGCUGCCAUUGCCAUUCAUGAGAGAGUGACAGAUGGAUAUGGGCUCGUCACUGGCAGUGAGAAGAAAUGGAGAGAGCUCCGCAGGUUCACAAUCGCUACGCUGCGGGAUUUUGGGAUGGGGAAGAAGACAAUGGCACAGCGGGUGCAGGAGGAGGCUCAGUAUUUGGUGGAGGCGGUGGCAGACAUGGAAGGUGAGGCGUUCGAUCCCAUGUCCAGCAUCAGGCACGCUGUUUCUAAUGUGGUUUGCGCCGUUGUCUUUGGGAGUCGUUUCAGCUACGAAGACAAGGCCUUUCUGGAGCUGUUGGGCAUGAUGGGGAACUACAUCCAUUAUUUCAUCUCUCCCUUCGCACAGGUGUACAACACCUUUCCUGGCAUCAUGUGUUACCUGCCGGGACCACACAACAAGGUCUUCACUGAAAGUGAGAAGCUGAAGAACUUCAUCCAAAAAAGGAUUGACUCUCACAAGCAGACCCUGGAGCCAAGCUGUCCCCGAGACUACAUUGACUGUUUCCUUAUCAAGUCAGAGAAGGGAACGAGCAUGUCAGGGGAUGUAUUCAGCAAUAAAAACCUGCUCAUGGCGGUGUUUGACCUCUUUGGUGCUGGGACAGUGAGCACUGCCAAUAGCCUGCUGUUCUUCCUCGUGGUGAUGGCAAAAUUCCCACAAAUUCAAGCCAGGGUGCAGCAGGAGAUCGAGAAGGUGGUGGGGGUGACCCACGCCCCUGGCAUGGAGGACCGGGUGAGGAUGCCGUACACCAAUGCGGUGAUCCAUGAGAUGCAGCGCAGCCAGAGCGGGCAGAUCGAGAGCUUCCCUCGGGCAGUGACUCGGCGCACAGAGUUCCGGGGCUACAUCAUCCCCCAGGGCACAGCUGUUAUUCCAAUGAUCAGGUCUGUGCAUUCAGACCCAAAGCACUGGGAGACUCCAGAAGAGUUUAACCCAGGUCAUUUCUUGGACGAGAAGGGGGAAUUUAGGCCAAACGAGGCCUUUAUGCCUUUCUCUGCAGGAAAGCGGAUGUGCCCAGGGGAGGGGCUGGCCCGGAUGGAGCUGUUUCUCUUCUUUAGCACACUGCUACAGAACUUCACCUUCAAGCUAGCGACUGAUCCCCAAGAGAUGGACAUAUUAUCUCUGUGGAUGGACUACCAGAACAAGGGGCCAUACAGCAAAUUCCAUGUCAUCAGGCGCUGAGGAUCUGCCUGAGCGUGCGAGCAGGAAGGGAGAGAGUUAGUUAGAAUAUUCAAAGCAUGGGAUGAACUGGGCUGGAGCAAUGAGAAUGCAGAGGAAACAUCCACUGUAUGCUCACAACUGAUUGCUGAGAGCAAGGGUGGUUAAAGUGUUGGACUGGGGCUCAGAAAAUUGGGGUUCAGUUCCCAGUUCUGACACAGACUGUG